CAUUUGAAGAUUCAACAAAUCGUGCACGUGUUGACUAACUAUUUCAACUGAGCACUCGUUUUAAUUUGUAAUUUGAAUAAUAAAACAAUGACGGAAGUGGGAGACGGUCCACCAGAGCCAAGCAUAGACUUUGUGCCAGCGCUGUGCUUUGUGCCUCGCGGUGUCACAAAGGAGCGACCCGAGAAAAUAGUUCUGACACAAGGAGAACUUGCUCGGAUUAUUGGCGAGACACAAAACGAGUUGAAUGCAAAUGAAGAUGAUGACGAGGAUGACGAUGAUGAAGAUGAGGACAUGGAUGUGGAUCGUGAUGAAGCAAUGGCUGCUGCUGCUGGUGGUGCUGCUGUAAAUGAGAAUGCGAAUCUCGACGAUGAGUUCAAUUUUCAGAAUUACGAAAACGAAGCAAAUUCGACGGUGACAAAUCUGGCAAAUGUUGUCGAUGCCGACGAACAGGUGCCCGAUGAGGAUGAGGAUUCCGAGGCGGAGGAUGAGAUUAUCAAGCCCACAGAUAACCUGGUGUUGGUCGGUCAUGUGCAGGACGAUGCGGCGAGCAUGGAAGUGUGGGUUUUCAAUCAGGAGGAGCAGGCACUUUACACACACCACGACUUCUUGUUGCCCAGUUUUCCGCUGUGCAUUGAGUGGAUGAAUCAUGAUGCGGGCAGCGAUAAGGCUGGGAAUAUGUGUGCCAUUGGCUGCAUGGAUCCGAUCAUUACCAUUUGGGAUCUGGACAUACAAGACUCCAUGGAGCCAACGUUCAAGCUGGGCUCCAAGGGCAAUCGCAAGAAGCACAAGGAACAGUAUGGCCACAAGGAUGCCGUCCUCGACUUGUCAUGGAAUCCACAAUUCGAGCAUAUUCUAGCGAGUGGUUCGGUGGAUCAAACACUCAUCCUUUGGGACUUGGACGAGGGACAGCCGCAUACGAGUAUCACCUCCUUUGAGGAAAAGGUGCAAUCCGUCGAAUUCCAUCCGGAGGAGGCGCAAAGCAUCCUCACCGGCUGUGCCGAUGGCUAUGUGCGUCUCUUCGAUUGCCGCGACGCAGACAAUGUAAACUCGGGCAACGAACUCAAAUGGCAGCUGAGCGGCAACGAGGUGGAGAAGGUUUUGUGGCAUCCCACGCAGACGAACUACUUCAUCAUUGGCACCAACGAUGGCAGUCUGCACUAUGCGGACAAGCGUCGUUCAAACCAGCUGCUGUGGUCCGUCAAGGCGCACAACGAGGAGAUCUCCGGCGUCUGUUUCAAUAGUCAAAUGCCCAAUCUGCUGACAUCCACCUCCACCGAGGGCUCCCUCAAGAUCUGGAACUUUAACAGCACGGAACCAAAGCAUGUCUACGAGCACGACUUCAACAUGGGCCGGCUCCAGUGCAUGCGACAGUGUCCCGAGGAUCCCUACACGCUGGCUUUUGGCGGCGAGAAACCGCCACGCUGCGCCGUCUUCAACAUUAAGAAUUUUGAGGCAGUGCGUCGCACCUUUGGCAUUCCCGAUGACGAGUAGGGAGGGGAUCCAGGUCUACCUAUAUCUGUUAGAGAAUUUUGUAUUUGACUUUGAUAAACGAUCUAAAAUAUACACUUGUGUAUAUACAUAUUAAAUGUAUAUGCAUAUAUUUAAAUUAA